AUGGCAUUUUCUUCUACCUUUGCUUUUUCAGUGAAACGGUGUAAGCCUGAACUGGUGGUGCCAGCAAAGCCUACACCACGUGAAAUAAAGAAACUCUCUGAUAUAGAUGAUCAAGAAGGUUUAUGGUUACAAGUUCCGAUGGUGUUUUUCUAUAAAAAAAAUCCUUCAAUGAAAGGGAUAAAUCCAGUUGAAGUUAUUCGAGAAGGACUUGCGAAAACACUGGUUUAUUACUAUCCCUUUGCUGGCAGGAUUAUUGAAGGAGACAACAGAAAACUUAUAGUUGAUUGCAAUGGCGAAGGCGUAUUGUUCGUAGAGGCUGAUGCAUAUAUCCGGCUUGAGCAGCUUCGGGAUAACAUAUUGCCGCCAUGGAUCAUUGGCUGCCCUCUUUUGUUGAUUCAAGUAACCAGAUUCAUUUGUGGAGGAUUUGCUUUGGGAAUCCGAUUGAACCACACUAUGGCAGAUGCUUAUGGGAUGAUGCAAUUUCUAAAUGCUAUUUCUGAAUUAGGGAAAGGUGAAUAUGCACCUUCAAUUUCACCUGUAUGGCAAAGAGACCAAUAUUUGAAUGCAAGAUCUCCCCCAAGAAUUACAUGCAUUCACCAUGAAUUUGAACAAAUACCACAAUCCCCAGACUUUAUGGAUUCGGACAAGCUAAUUCGGGCCGCCAUUUUCUUUACUCCAAAGGAUAUACAAGAACUUUAUAAUCAUCUAUCCUCGUUAGGAAGUUUUCGUAGGUGCUCAAGAUUUGAUCUGAUAACAGCAUGCUUAUGGAAAUGUCGUACGAAUGCACUAAAUCCAUCUGAUCCAGAUGAGAUUGUUCGUCUUUCAAUCUGUAUCAAUGUGCGUGGCAAGCCAGGCCUAAAUGUACCGACUGGAUACUACGGCAAUGCUUUUGUUUAUCCGGCAGCAGUAUCCACAGCCAGAAAUUUAUGCACUGCUCCAUUGUCAUAUGCAGUUCAGUUAAUUCAAAAUGCAAAGGCUCAAAUGAGUGAAGAGUACAUUAAAUCAGUGGCAGAUCUUAUGGUGAUCAAGAAACGACCCAAAUACGCAACAGUUUGGAAUUUCAUUGUUUCAGACAUAACCCGUUUAGGCUUUGAAAAGGUUGAUUUUGGAUGGGGCAAUGCAGUGUAUGGUGGAAUUGCUUCGGCCACUUCAAAUAUUAGUUUUUAUACGAAUUUCAAGAACAGUAUGGGAGAAGAUGGAGUUGUUGUAUCAAUAUGCUUGCCACCACUGGCUGUGGAAAAAUUCAAAUAUGAGCUAGAAAAUACGACUUCUGAACCACUACAGAAUGAAAUUUUCAUGUGA